GCGACGUUACGUAGCCGCCAUUUUGUUUCACCGGGAGUAAAGAAGCCAACCCGAGAGCCCCGGCGUGAAAAUUUCCCCUCAUUCGGACUACCUAAAUCACGGCGGAGCUGCAUCGUGCACCCAAAUUCAGAUUCGCAUGAUGUCUGAAGACAUGGCCACAGAUCACGUUAACGGGAACGGGACGGAGGAGCCGAUGGACACUACAGCCGAGGUGACCCACUCGGAACACUUCCAGGCUUUACUGGAGGCAGGUUUACCUCAGAAUGUCGCUGAGAAGCUGGAUGAACUUUAUGUAGCAGGCCUGGUAGCACACGGUGACCUCGAUGAAAGAGCUAUUGAGGCUUUGAAAGAAUUCAACGAAGAUGGAGCCCUGCAAGUGUUGGUGCAGUUCAAAGAGAGCGACCUGUCACACGUGCAGAAUAAAAGUGCCUUUCUCUGUGGGGUGAUGAAGACUUACAGACAGAGAGAGAAACAAGGGACUAAAGUUUCAGACUCCAUCAAAGGACCAGAUGAGGCUAAAAUCAAAGAACUCCUCGAGAGAACCAGCUACACACUCGAUGUUACAACCGGCCAGAGGAAAUACGGCGGACCCCCGCCAGAGUCCGUGUACUCGGGUUCUCAGCCCCCUGUCGGCACAGAGAUCUUUGUUGGGAAGAUUCCCCGUGAUCUGUACGAAGACGAGCUGGUUCCUCUGUUUGAGAAGGCCGGUCCGAUCUGGGACCUUCGGCUAAUGAUGGAUCCGCUGAGUAGCCUGAACAGGGGCUAUGCCUUCAUCACGUUCUGCAGUAAAGAGGGGGCCCAGGAGGCCGUGAAGCUGUGCAAUAAUCAUGAGAUUCGCCCUGGCAAGCACAUCGGGGUGUGCAUAUCUGUUGCCAACAACCGGCUAUUUGUUGGUUCAAUUCCCAAGAGUAAAACAAAGGAGCAGAUUGUUGAAGAGUUUUCCAAAGUCACAGAGGGCCUGAGUGAUGUCAUACUCUACCAUCAGCCCGAUGACAAAAAGAAGAACCGAGGCUUCUGCUUCUUAGAGUAUGAAGACCACAAAACGGCCGCUCAGGCCCGUCGCCGGCUAAUGAGCGGCAAGGUGAAAGUUUGGGGCAACCUCGUGACCGUGGAGUGGGCAGACCCCAUCGAAGACCCCGACCCAGAAGUCAUGGCCAAGGUGAAGGUUUUAUUUGUGAGAAAUCUCGCUAAUGGCGUCACGGAGGAACUCCUGGAGACGUCCUUCAGUGAGUUUGGAAAGCUGGAGCGAGUGAAGAAGCUCAAAGACUACGCCUUCAUUCACUUUGAGGAGCGGGACGGUGCGGUGAAGGCACUGGAGGAAAUGAACGGGAAGGAGUUGGAGGGAGAGCCAAUCGAGAUAGUGUUCGCCAAGCCGCCCGAUCAGAAAAGGAAGGAGCGCAAAGCCCAGAGGCAAGCGGCCAAAACACAAAUGUACGAUGACUAUUACUACUACCCUCCCCCUCCCCACAUGCCCCCUCCCAGCAGAAAUCGGGGUCGAGGAGGGAACCGAGGCGGCUACGCCUACCCUCCUGACUACUACGGUUACGAGGACUACUACGAUUACUACGGCUAUGACUAUCACAACUACCGCGGUGGCUACGAUGACCCCUACUAUGGGUACGAUGACUUCCAGGCCCCAAGCCGGGGGCGGGGCGGCAGCAGGGGCGCACGGGGCGGAUCCUCCCCGGCCAGAGGACGUGGCGGCUCGGGGGCACCCAGAGGGAGGGCAAACUUCUCGCAGCGCGGCGGGCCGGGACCAGGCCGUGGCGGGCGCGGCGCAAGAGGAGGCGUGCAGCUGAGAGGGCGAGGAGGGGUACGUGGUGCACGGGGUGGCCGCGGUGGAAAUGUAGGAGGAAAGCGCAAAGCUGAUGGGUACAACCAGCCAGAUUCCAAGCGUCGCCAGACCAAUAAUCAGAACUGGGGCUCUCAACCCAUUGCUCAGCAACCGCUCCAAGGUGGUGAUCAUUCUGGUAACUAUUCCGGUUACAAAUCUGACAACCAGGAAUUUUAUCAGGAUUCUUUUGGGCAGCAGUGGAAGUAAACCCCGUAGUGCUUUGAUAACAAAACCCGUGUUUGUUUUUGUCUUUUUAUUUAGAGACUUGAUCUGAUUGGCCCUCAAUCCCAUACGGUUGCCUGCAUUUUUUUUCUUUUUGUUUUCCUCAAAAUUGGUGACAUCUGGCAAGAUCUCCUUUUUGUACAUAUUUUAAUAAUCCGCUUGGACUCUCGAGUCGUAGUCACACUCCCACCUGUUUCUGGCGAACUGGUUUUCUCUCUUCCUUUUGGGGUUUUUAUUUUUUAUUUUUUAAAACGACGAAAAGAGAAAAAAAAUACGAUGGGCGUUUAAAAGAUUUUCCAUAACGGAGUUUGAAAAAAUUUUUAGAUGCAAAUGUGCUCGAGCUGUCUAUUUGGCUAUAGCUUUAUGUCUGUUUUUAGAAAUUCUGGUUACCAUGUUUUAAGUAGCUAACGGCAACAAAGCAUAUGUCUCCUAAACAUGUAUUUAAAUCCAAUGAAUACGAUUUGUAUUGUCAAAAAGUAAUGCGUGUCUUGUUAUUGAAAAGAAGAAGAAAAAAAGGACCAUCGUAGUCCUAUGGUUUUUCUUUUUUUUUGGCUUUACAUUUUGGCUUGUAUUCUUUGCUGUUUGUCUGCUUUAAUAAACAUACACGCACUCGUGUACAAAACUUCAAA